AUGUCCGGGCAGGAUGGCCUAGCCACCCAAGGCCACCCAAACCGAGAACAUCCGGACGAAGAUGCGGUUCUCCUGUCCCUCAUCGCUGCGCUCAGCCUUGAAGAUAUUAAUGAAGUACGGAAGCAGAGCGAUCGUGGGCCGCUAGGAGGUCCCUCGGAUGACGAAAUAUUCGCUCUCCAACUGUUCGCCGAAGAAGCUGCCGCUCUGGAUGCCCUCGCUAGCGGCAUACGCUUCGCGCAAAGCUUGGAUUCGGCACUGGAGUCGGAUGCUCGGGUGCUCGAGGAGCUGGCUACUUCGGAGGAAGCAUGCAGACGCGAUCGAGAGUUUGCGAGGGCGCUAGCAGAGGGACGACCGCCUCCGUACGAGGCUGUCCCGCGUCCACAGGCGGUACAGGCCCGCAGCACCACUUCUUCUAGCACUGCCUCUGUUGCGCACAUCAAAGCAGUUGCAUCGUCGCACCGUCAGUACUAUCUCCUCCUAAGUGAUGGUGAGAUUGGGUUGACUGACGCGCUGACUUUCAGAGCCGAGACCUGUGUCAUCUGUAGAGACAACAUCAGGGGUCCUGCGAUUCGUGCGCCUUGCGGGGACUUCUACGAUGUCGGAUGCCUAGUCGAUCUGUUCCGGGCGGCUCUAGUCGACGAGUCCCUCUUCCCACCAGCUUGUUGCAGGAAGCCGUUCAAGCUUGAAGAGGUUCACAUCUAUCUGGACGGGGAACUUCAGAAGCAAUUCGACAGGAAGACGCUCGAGUUCGGGACGAAGGACAGGGUGUACUGCCACAGGCCCACCUGUUCCACCUUCCUCGGCGCGGCCACCCCAGCCGCGAUAAACCUUCUCUGCACCACCUGCUGGCAAAACACAUGUGGCCACUGCAAGGCGGCUUCGCAUGCUCUGUCUACCCGGUGCACGAGCGCGGAGGACGCUGCUGUGGUUGCCCUGGCUGCCCAAUCCGGGUGGAAGCGAUGCCCUGGCUGCGGUCAUCUCGUGGAACUCUCGAUCGGGUGCUACCAUAUGACGUGCCGGUGCAGACACCAGUUCUGCUACCUAUGCACCGCACAAUGGAGGACCUGUACCUGCAUCCAUUGGGAUGAGAACAGGCUCAUUGCCGCGGCGGAGGAUAGGGUGCAGCGGCAGGGCGUACAAGGUGAGAACGUGGUAGAGAUCCGGCGGAGGGUGGCGCGCGAGGCGGAGCGUCUGCGGGUAGACCACGACUGCGUGCACCGCUGGCGGUACGUGUCGACGGACGGCAAUUGUGAGGGGUGUGGCCACUACCUGAACCUCUUUCUAUACAGCUGUCGGCGUUGCCAUAUCUGGGCUUGUGCCCGAUGCAGGCGCAAUCGCUAUAUGUAG